AUGGAACCUGGGCAGUCAGAAGCCAAACGCCCUCGUCUCAACGAUCACUCUCCGCCGACAUGGACUCCAUCACAUCAAGGACCUGUACUACCCCCACCUCAACCUUCUCAGCAUCAUCAACCGUCGCUGUCGCCGUAUCAGUCUCAUAAUCUGUAUAGUCGCCAGCACCAGGACCGUCCACCUCAUCCGAGCCAUCACCAGCCUGAUGACCGCCGCCAUCAUGAGCAAGACUCAUAUCCACAUCUACCGCCGCCCAUGCAGGACCAUCGACCUCCGCCAUCACCGGCGCACAACAACUUUCCUCCCUACCGUAGAGAAUCGAUCGUGAAAAGUGAGGCAGCCGACGAGAGCUCGCUGCCCCAUAUGCGCCGACCGAACUCGACCGGGGCGGCGCCCGGCGGCUUGCCACCGCCGCACACACAAGGACCCCCUCCCUAUCCGAGACCACACAUGGAUGAUCAUCGAAGACCACAAAACUUCGAGAAUGGAGGCUCGAUUCCCCCCUCACCUCAGGUCUACCAGCCUCCGCAGCCACCAUACCACCCACCGCCUACACCUCUGGCUCAGCACCACCAGUAUGAGCCACCUCCGCCUGGGUACGGCCCCCCUCCGACGGUGUCAGAGAUGUACUCUACGUUACCGGUUGCCAGCGCCAAGCGGAAAGCGCAACGAGCAUCACAGGCGUGUGAUAUGUGCAGACAACUCAAAGCAAAAUGUGAUGAGCAGCGGCCAUGCAAAAACUGCAAGGACAAGCAGACUCAGUGCGUAUACAGAGACCUGCCCACUAAACAACCAGAUAAAGUCAGCACUGAUCUUCUCGACCUAAUGACCUCGUUGAGGGACAAAAUGGCAGAUGAAUUCCUGACCUUGAGUCAGCGUAUGACAAGGCUUGAGGAGACCAUGAGGCUGUCAGACCAAUCUGCGGGUUUGAAGAUUGAAUCAGUUGAGAAUGGGCUGGUGGAACAUCACUCCUUGGAUAACGCAGCACCGAGAGAACCGAUCGACGAGCAUCCUUCAUCGCCCCGAAGUAACGAUGAUCCCGAGAAGAAUGGAGUAAGGCUGGCCUACGACACAGUCCGCGAAAUGGAUAACGACGAGAUCGAGGAUAAUCCAGGACCACCGAUCAAUCCCGGGCAGCCAUCAUUGCCGGCCAAUCACACCACAUUAGCAGCAUUGCUCCUCAAGUGGCCCUCGAUAGAACAUCUCGUUUCAGACCUCUUGCAAGAGCAGAGAAUCCACCACAUCGAUGAGUUUCCAAUCAGCCAGGAACAACAACGUGGUGUGUUACGAGUCUGGGGUAAAGGGGAAGGAUACUCGCUUGGCACCAGGUAUGAACGCAAGGGAAACCAGCUCAUAACAGACGUGACCGAGGACUCUCCAGAUGGACGAGGCGUUGAUGCGGCCUCGCCCGCCUCUAACCCCGACGUAUGGGACCGUGACGUGUGGGGAGCAGUAGGAGUCCCACCAGCAUCGGGUAUUGAUGUAUACAAGGGUGGCCUGCUUCUUGCAGACGGAAAUCCCGACUUCGACCGUACGACUGUCAAACAAUACGUCAAGAGUUUCAAGGAUAACGUGUUGAAUAUGCAUCCCAUUCUCAUCCCUGGCCAACUUGACGCUAUGGCCAACGUGUUCCUCGACACACUUCCUCAAGCCACUUCUAAACCCAUGAACAAGGCUGCCAAAUUCGUGCAGAGUGCCGCUUCGGGUAUAGCAGGAUUGGGACCUGAGACUGGCUCCAAGAGAAAACGCUCGCCUGCCCUGGACGAACCAAAUGCUGCAACUCCGCUUUACAAGUCUGGACUGGCAGACCGUAGUAUUCAUAGCGCUUUCGUGCUUUCGGUUCUGGCUUUGGGCAAGAUCUGCCUUCAUAAAGACAAAAUCCCGGAACUUGUACAGGAGUACGAGCCAACGGCUCACUACUCGCCUCAAGUACGCAAUGGUACACUUAUGUCUUCUCCUUCGCAAGGCUCCCCGCCUGGUAUCACUCCAGCUCAUACUUCAGCUUCAGGGCUCCCAUCACCAAAAGAGGGCCCGGACCGCUCGCAAUCUAGUCGACGACCUUCACUCCAGGGCUCCAGUUCUACCACUAUCAAAGGCCAGAAUGUGAAGCGGAAUGCCGAUGUUGUACCGGGUCUGGAGUACUUCGGUCUAGCUGCAGACAUCUUCGGUAGCCACAUCGGCGGCUUUACCUUGAAGCACGUUUAUACUGCAUUGUUUCUGGGACUGUAUCAUGGGCAGCUCGGCCGUGUGCUUGAAAGCUAUUCAUAUAUUGCGACAGCAGGCAGGACACUUCAAGUGGUCCUACGACCGGCUCUUUCGCGAUUGAGUGCACUAAAAGCCGAAGGGGACGUGCCGCAAAGCGCACGGGACAACCAGCUUGCUUUUGCAUUUUGGACUUGCUUGCAGCUGGAAAGUGAUCUCUUGGCAGAGUUGCCCUUGCCGCAUUCAGGCAUCUUGACCUUCGAAGAGUCCAUGCCCUAUCCGAAUCUCGGAAGCCAUGCGAACGCUGGGUACGAUUUAUAUAUUCUGUCCAGCUACCAAGCUCAAUUGUGGGUACGGAAACAGCUCAACCAAGUACACCACAAACUCUACAGCCUCGCAUCGCCUGAUCCGAAAGCAACAAUAGAGGAGAAGACGCGUGAUCUUGAGCAGAUGUUAGCCAAAAGCACAUGGGUUCCUGCAGAAUUUCAGUUUGCAGACAGCGAUCCUCCUGCGGAUAGUUUUCUGGCGGCUCGAUUGCGUGCAAAAUACUGGGGUUCGCAGAACAUUCUGUACAGAAAGUUCAUUGACAUGAUUCUGCAUAAUCAACGCAUGCCAGAAUAUACUUUCAGGGGCCCACCACCCCAUCGGAAUGACUGGGCUGCGAAUAACAUCCAUCUGGAGCACAUUCGCAUUCCCGCUGGCACAGAUCCCCGGGCUCUCAACUAUGCGCGCUUGGGUAUAUCUGCCUUGGUGGAAAGCACACGGGCCUUUCAUGGUCUGAAAAGGGAUGACCGCAUCCUGGUCACAAACGUCUUCACGACUGCCCAUGCUCAAUGGGGCAAUCUGCUUGUCCUAUCUGCCUGCUAUACCCACGAUGUUUUACGGCAGUUCAUCAAUGGACCAUUGCUUCAAGAGCUCUUUAGUCGGACCAUUGAUUUCUUCAGGCUGAUCGCACAUCAAAAUAGUCCCCUUAAGCAAGAUUUGAAUCUGCUCAUUGGACUUAACCGGAAACUCGGUUUUCCAUUGCAUGAUCAGGACGCUGGAGUCAACUCGAGCUUUUCCAGCGUAACGAGCUCGGGGCAUAUGGCGGGUCAAACUCCCAACGAUAGGUUCUAUCCAGGAACCCCCAACAUGCCACCACCAGCACACGGGCUCUCUUAA